GCAAAGCGCAUGUGUCAAUUAAAUAAUAAGUACGCAUGCGUCAAAAAUGAAAGAUGGCGGAAAACACGACUAGUGUGUGGCGAUUUAUUUGAACUAAAAUUCGUAAUUAUAAAGAACUGGAGACUAGACAACAGUUAUAUUUAAAUACUAAAACGCGUUUGUGAAGACUAUGUUAACGUUGUGAAUUAUAAUUGUGAUGACAGAUGAGAGUGACAAUUUGAAGAUGUUACAGUUUCUUACAUGAUUGAUAUGAAAUAUAAAUGGAACAAGGGAGAUACAUUUAAAUAUGGAAUGAGAAAUUAUAAUUAUGAUUAAAAAACUAUGCAUUUGUCAGAGGCCAGAAUUCGCAUGUAAAACACACCGUAAACAAUGAUCUCAGAAUAAAUUAAAGACAUGGACAAGACCAAGAAAAAGAGUCAGGUCAAUGGAAAAUACAAGAAAACUAAACCAGAUAAUUGUGACGAUACUGUAACAACGUGCUGUUUUUGUAUAAAAACUAAAAAAAGUAAAAAGAAAAGCCUUAUAGCUGGAUGUAUUACAAAUCUCGGAAUAUUCAUAGUUCUUCUCAUUUAUACAUUAUUGGGGGCAUUUAUUUUCUUAGCUAUCGAAGGAGAGGCUGCUAAAAUACACCAGAAAACGUUAGCAACUACAUCUUACCAAGCUACUGAAAGUAAGAAACCUAUUACCCUGUCUAAAGUAAAUAAUAGCAUCGCACAAGCAUCAGCUGAAUUAAGAUCACAAACUGUAGAGAGUAUAUGGGAGAUAACGGUUUCACUAAACAUAUUAUACAAAGAAAAUUGGACAAGACUGGCAGCUCAAGAAAUUGCAAGAUUCCAAGAUAAAUUGGUCGCCAGAGUAACUGCAGAUGUAACUGAACAAUAUGGAGGUGCAAGAGCUUUGGAGUCAGCCCCGGCUCUUGUUUCAGAUGACUACGAAUGGAACUUUUCUAAAGCAUUUUUAUAUUCACUAACUGUUCUUACUACUAUCGGCUAUGGUAGUGUGGCUCCUAAAACUGCAUUAGGCAAAAUAGUCACUAUAGGAUAUGCCGUUGUAGGUAUACCUUUAACACUUCUAUAUUUAUCCGUGGUUGGAGCUCUCCUAUCUAGAUUAGCCAGAAGCAUAUUCAGUAGAACUCUGUGUUGCUGUCUUUGUGUCAAGUGUGGGUACUGCUGUCUCGACGAAAAUACAAUCACAUCAAAAGAAAGGAAGGAAAAAGUAAGACGAGCAGAAGAUUAUAGAACUCAAACCUUGCACCUACAAGAACCUUAUUACGUUCGAUCACCAUCAGGUACAAUUAUAUCAGCAUCCCAAGCUAAUAGCACAAGUUCUAUAAAAGAUAAAAAUGUGGGAUUAAACUUUCUCAGAGAUUGUGAUUCUAUGAGUUGUACAGAUACUGAUUCAAAGGUUUCUCUAAGUGGUUUUUCAAUUCUUGCUCCAAUUUCUUUAUGCCUAGCUGCUAUUUUCACUUAUAUUUCUUUCGGUGCCCUCAUUCUUUACCAGCUGGAGGGUUGGAGCCCAGUAGAUGGAAUCUACUUUUGUUUUAUGAGCUUGAGUACAAUCGGUUUCGGUCACUUAGCUCCUGGUAUGACUCAAAGAAACGGUGCAUCAUCAGGAACAGUUUGGUUCUGUUCCAUUUACAUUAUAACUGGUCUCGCUCUGACUGCUAUGUGUUUUAAUAUACUUCACGAUGAAAUAGUUCAUCGACUGAGACAUCAUGAAAAAAUUAUGAAGAGUGCUACUCAAAAAGUUUUGACACCGGAAUUCCUGCAAAGAUCCUGACGGGAUGAGAGUGGGAACUUAACUGAUGACUCAAUGCUUUCUUCAGACGGAGAGGUAUUACCAGAAGUUUUGCACCACGUUUCUAGGUCUAAAUUUAAUGGCGGUGCGUUCCGUCGAUCUGUAUACACAUUGAAAGAGGAGCAGGAAUCCGAUAGAACAAGUUCUAUGUAGGCAGUAUUCAUUGAUACCAAAAACAACAUCAUAGAUAACAAUAUUGUUUUUUAAGCAUAGGUUUUAACAAUUAAUGGAAUUCAGAGGACUGAAGUGUUAAUGACUAUUAUUGUAUAAGCAAUUAGUGCCAAAAUAAGUAUGUAUGUAAAACGGAUGUUACUUACAGAGAGAAGUUUUAAACAAGAACUUAACAUUAAUGUGUUGUCUUUUAGGGAAUUGAUUUUAAUACACUCUACUGAACAUUUAUGUAAAAAUAGGAAAUAAAUCCUUGAACUAUUUAAAUAUUUUGCAAUAUGUUAGGCUAAAAUCACUUCACAUUUUUUAAUCUGUUACGGAAUUGAUUUUCAUGUGUUUUGAUAGUUUAGGAGUUUAGUUGAGAGCGCGUGCGGUUUUUAUUACAUGACUAAAGUCAUUUUUGUGCA